AUGAAAGAAGCUAUUAGAACACGUAAAUUCUUACAAGAAGCAGUCAAACCAAAAGUUGUUUGUACUGGAGGAAUUAUUAAUUGCAGAUAUUGUCAUAGUCUUGGAAGAAUACUCAAAGUUUCAUUGAGAAAUAGAGAAGAAGAUCGUAUAAUUUUAGAAAGACUUCAUCAUAGAUGCAAUAAAGAAUUACCAGAAAACCAAGCCCGAUGUAUUGAUGUUGCUAUGAGAUUAACUGAAGUUGCUGUUAAAGUAUUUGAUCCAGUCAAAUUUAGAGUUGCAUCUGCUUGCAAGAAGAUUGGAGUUUGUGGCAUUUAA